GGUCCUCCAGCAGUUAAGACGAGAUCACAGUAGAGUCAUGUCUUCAGAGCGGACACCCUUCACUUCAUUUAAUGAUGUCAUUGACAAUUUACUGCCCUAUCAUGUUUUCCAAGGCUCUCCACCACAAGAUGAAGAUUUCACCAAAGUUGAUGAGGAGUUUGAGGCAGUUGCCAUACAAAUGUUAAACAGAACACAGGCCAUGGUGAACAAAUACAGGCGCUUACUUAUGGUGGAGGCAGAGAGGUCCAGCCCUUCAUCAGAAAUGGUGAUGAUUGACAGGACUUUUAAUCAAGAGGAACGGGGCAACUUGACCCAAGACAAACGAAUGGUAAUAGUGGAUCCAGGUAAGAGAUGGAAGCCUCUAUGA